GUGACGGCUCCAGGCUAGGCGAUGAGGAGGCUCGCAGCGGUUGCCCGGGAGUGAGGCCUGAAGGAGGCGGAGAACUUUCCGAGGGGCGGUCAAGAGCGAGAAGACGGGCAGCCGGGGGACGCCAGCUCCCUGCCAGAACAUUCCUUCCGAGCCCGGGGCUCCACCGGGAGAGGCCCUCACCUGUUUCUGUCUCUUGCCUCUCAGAUCCAGACGCGGUGGUGAGCAGGGCAGACCCAGCACGUGCCCCUGUGGCACCGAGAGGCGACCGGGGAAGGUAUUGAACCAGAGGCCACGAACUGGGGGCCGCUGAUGUGUUUCGUUUGGCCUCCGCGGCGUUUCUAGCAGAAGCCUAGAGGGAAAGAAAUUCAAGCGGUGGUGAUAAGAAGGCACCUGGAGCUGAAGACAUGAGCCAGCUGCGGGCCACGAAGCCCGGACUCCUCGUGUGCACAGCCGUGUGCGUGUGCAUUUUCCUUUAUUUAAGGGAUCCACCUCCGGAGGAACCCGAGGAGUCCACCUAUCCCGCAGCGGUGGAAUGUGGCUUUUAUCCAGAUGAACUGUGUUCAGCUUUAUCUGAAGGGAAAGAGGCCGCCCCUCAAAUUGCAACUUUUUGUAAAAACCCUCACGGUUCUCAAAUACUUGCUCACUUGCGCACACCAGGAAACUGCUCCAGGAUUUCCCAGGAGGUGCAUUUCAUAACCAGACCCUUGUCUGCAGAAGAGGGCAAUUUCUCUUUGGCAUAUAUCGUAACUACUCACAAGGACCUGGCUAUGUUUGUGCAGCUGCUCAGGUCUAUUUAUGUGCCUCAAAACCUUUACUGUAUUCAUGUUGACAAAAAGGCCCCAAAGAAGUAUAAGAGUGCUGUGCAAACCCUGGUGAGCUGUUUUGAAAAUAUUUUUAUUUCAUCAAAGAGAGGAAGAGUGGCCCACACUGGCUUUACAAGACUGCAGGCAGAUCUUACUUGCAUGAGAGAUCUGGUCCGUUCCAAAUUUCAGUGGAACUAUGUCCUUAACCUUUGUGGACACGACUUUCCAAUCAAAACCAACAAAGAAAUCAUACGCUACAUCAGGAGCAAAUGGACUGAUAAAAACAUCACUCCUGGAGUAAUCCAACCACCAAACGUUACAUCCGAGACAAGUGGAAGUCGUCUUGAAUUCACCCCUGAAGGAAGUAUCUACGGAUCUCCAAACAGGAGAUUCAAAGAUGAACCACCCCAUAACUUAACAAUUUAUUUUGGAAGCGCUUACUACGUACUAACGAGGAAGUUUGUAGAAUUUGUACUGACGGACAUCCGCGCAAAAGACCUGCUCCAGUGGUCCAGAGACGUCCAGAGCCCAGAACAGCAUUACUGGGUGACUCUGAACCGACUGAAAGAUGCCCCGGGAGCCACACCUGAUGCUGUCUGGGAAGGAGACAUUCGAGCCAUUAAAUGGAGGAACGAGGAGGGAAGUGUUCACGAUGGAUGUAAAGGGCGCUACGUCCACGAGAGCUGCGUGUAUGGACCAGGAGACCUGCCGUGGAUCAUUCGGUCGCCUUCUCUGUUUGCCAGCAAAGUGGACUCAACAGACCCCCUGGUGGUCACGUGCCUGGAGAGGCGCCACAGGCUCCAGGCGCUGCGGCAGGCAGAGGUCCCUGCGGAGCCACACUGGCACUUUCAACAGGAGAGUCAUUUUAACACGAAACGGAGCCGCUGAGCUGGACCUUUGGAAGCGUCUGUGCUCUUACUGGUAUCGCCGUGUCCCUGACUUGUGGUAAGAGAACACUAACCAAAGAAGAAAGAAUGAGAACUGGUUCCUUGGUACAAGCUAGCCCUAAAGUGAACUCAGAGAUACGCUAUUGACAAGACUUUCCUAUAAAUCACAGGCUGCUCUUACAGCUUCAAGGAAGAAAUCACGAGGAAAGGUAUUGCUCAAGGUACCGUUGGGGGCUCCUGGAUCAGCCAAGUGAGGUCGGACUGCCUCAGUAAAUAGCUGCUGCAAAUCGAAGCCUCAAGUUAGAACAAAAACAGAUCUUGCUUUGAAGAUACUACCGUGUAUGAGAUUCUAAUCAAGAGCAAACUCUCACUGAAAACAAAACUCUGCUGAUCUAAAACAGUGCUCUUUGGCUGGGAACCAUGUAACUUUGUUCUGGUAAUCCUAGAAAAAUACAGAAGAGUCCACUUCUUUUGGGUAAAACGAAACUAAUCCAGAGCUGAAGCACACUUUCCUAAAAAGGAUGCUAUAAGCUUCUGGAGUCUCGAGGCAUUAAUCGUACCUUCUGCCCUGGAGGGUACGUACUACGUCUGGUCUGACACCAACCACAACCACAGGGGGCUUUGGGGCCUUUGAAAUGUGGAGAGGAUGCCUGAUGAAGUGACUUUUUGUCUUUAUUUAACUUACAAAAUUUUAAUAAACUGAAAUUUUAAUAGUCACAUGUGGCUGGUGGUUUCCACAUUGAACAACAUAGGUCAAAGGCGGGAAUGAUCUUAAUUCUGCCUGCUCAACAGACUCAGGUCUCUAAAGAGUCCAUAACUUUUUCAUUGUCCUGUUGAGGCUUUUCCGUAUAUUCUCUUUCUCUAAAAGAGUUCACGGCAUUGUACAAGACUGAAAACGUACAACCAUUAAGUGGCACCGCAUGAAACAACUAAAAUAAAGAAGACACUAAAGAAAUAAAUGUAUAAUUCAAAGGCAAAGUCUAAAGCCUUGGGAAACAAGCUUUGCAAUGAAACGAAAUCAAAUCUACUUAGUCAAUGAAAAUAGCCCUUGGAAAGCACAAAGCUAGAUAGAAGGAAAAGAGCCUUCGAAAGCACAAAUCAAAUGUAACUAACCACAGAACAUUAACAUCACCAUUUCAACAAACAUUUCUUCCACCUCGACGCAUACUUCCAAGGAAAGCACAUGCUGAAAAUGUUAAGACUGUCAAAGACAAGGCCACGAAGAGCCCCACGACAGCACAGUUCUGCUUUUCUACACGUUUUUUUCUACACAGGGCUCACGGGUGGUACCAACCAGCUACGUUCUGACUGCCUGUUCAGAAAGCUCAAAUUCACCACGACUGUGUCCCUGUAUUUUAGAACAGCUCACUAACAAGUUAAAUGCAAAACCCAUUUUUAGGGGCUCCUGGGUGGCUCAGUUGGUUGAGCAUCUGACUUCGGCUCAGGUCAUGAUCUCACGGCUCGUGAGAUCAAGCCCCAUGUUGCGCUCUGUGCUGACAGCUGGGAGCCUGGAGCCUGCUUUGGAGUCUGUGUCUCCCUGUCUCUCUGCCCCUCCCCUGCUCAUGCUUGGUCUCUCUCUCUCUC